UCCAUCACUGUCACGAGAAAUAUGACGGAACCGGUCAGUCGGUGACUCGGUAGCAAGGUGGAGAGACUGCUUGUACGGUGAAGUCUCCGAAAAGUCUGUCGUUGAAUUCAGUGUUCACGAAUAAAGGCAGAUAUAUAUACACCUAACUAAGAUCCGCGAAUGAUACGUGACGCGACGAUGUCACGGCCACGGAAACGCGCGAUGAUCCGAAUACUACAAGUUGUCGGCUAUCUGGCAGCGAUGUUUCUGACUUUAAAAUUAUUCCUGUCUAUCGUCGGAGAUGAUGAGAGCGGGCAUCCUCCCGUCGGCGACGAUUUGCGCAGGCUGAUGAUUAACGCCGAGGCCGACAAUACACGGCGAUCGUUAAAUGUGGAGAGAGUGUGCAAGAAAUACAACUUGGGCUUCUAUCGGAAACUCGCGGAGGACUCGCCGUUCAAGCAUCCGCCCGCGCCCCAAUAUAUGGUCUUCUACAUGGAUAGAAUACACAAUGUAUCGUACUGCCCGGUGUACAAAGCCGGCACCACAACCUGGCUCUAUAAUCUCUGUUUAUUAAUGAAUGUGCCCGAGCGUACGCUGAAUCACGGAAAGGAGCAGCUGUCGAGCAUAGCGAGGAGGGCGAUACCGGAACUCGAUUAUCCCGAAGCCGCUCGGUUUCUGAACGCGAGUACCAAGUUGCUGGUGGUGCGACACCCGUUCGAGAGGCUGCUGAGCGCGUAUCGCGACAAGCUGGAGAACUCCGUCGCCGGCCGGGAACACGGGACGUUUCACUUUUAUCGAAAGUACGGAGCCAAGAUCGUGCGGAAGUAUCGCGGGAAAGAUUUCGCGAAGCCACGAGCGGAUCAGGUGAUUCGCCGUGAAGGUGCACCGCCGCCAGCCGGCGUGGAGCCGACUUUCCGUGAAUUCGUCAACUAUAUCAUCGACACCGACCUCGGCAGUUACGGCGACGAUCAUUGGAUGCCGUAUUAUCUCUUCUGCACACCGUGCCUUGUCAGAUACGACAUUAUCGCAAAGGUGGAAACGUUGUGGCGAGAUCAGGUGUACGCGAUCGACAAGUUAGGCUUGCAGAACAAGAUCAAGCCUAGAUGGAGGCACAGCAAUAAUUACGCGAACGCGUCCAGGGUGUACUUCAGCCAGCUGAGCAAGACCACAGUGCAGAGGUUGUACGAGAAGCUGAGAUUGGACUUCGAACUUUUCGAUUAUUCGCCGGACGCCUAUUACGAGUACGCCAUAUCUGUUGAUUAGCCGGCAAAGCCGACUGAGCCGUGUGAACGAUGAUUAACGACGAUGACUACACCGUUCUCCUCGCGCUCGUUCCUGCUUUGUGUUUCGUGGCAAUUCGUCCCGCAUUUUCCUACGUACAUUUGUGAUACGACGUGAUACGACGUGAAGCUCGAAACCUCGAUUUCUCGGCGACGAUAUGAGAAACACACCAACUACCGAAGUGAAGUGGAUAUUUUGCAUUUGAGAUAAAAGAAAGGAGAAAGGAGAAUGAAAGAAUAAGAGGAGGGAAAAAAAAAAUAUAUAUAUAUAUAUAUAUAUUAAAACUCGUAUAUACACGCGCGUACACGUAAUCCUGAUAAUUGAUGGAGUUUAAUCGCGUUACGUCACGCGACGAAACUUUUGUCGACGAAAAUCGAUCGACCUACUUCUCACUCUCGUAAUGUAUCGGACCGGCUUGUCCUAAAGUCAAGGGUUUCCAAACAUUAAUCGUCAUCGGGGUGCCCCCAAAGCGAAGCAUUACUCCGACGCGCACCAGAAAUAGUUCCGGAUUGUGUCUGCAUGGAUUCCAAUGGACAUUCGAUGCAAAUACAUGUGUCGUAUUUGCACGGUGUGAUUUUUCAAAAGCCUCUUGAAAACCUAACUGUAUUGUAUCUUGAUUUUCUUAUUGAAUUAGUCGCGGCUGGAUAAACCGUCGCUGAUGUCGGUCUGAAACGCCGUUCCGUAAGAUUAAACGGCUAAUUUUGAUAAAAUCAUUGAUCGCAGAGUUAUAAGUGCGAUAACAGCACAAGUAGCUUCACACGACGUAGAUUCAAGAAGGAUUAGUCUAACAAGGAAACAUGAAACUCACUCAUUUUGACUUUACUUUAGGUAUCGUUGAGCAGCUGAAAAUUUGAGCACAAAAUUCAAGGGUUAAAUUCCUCGAAAGUGAUAACAUUAAAAAAUAAAAUACAUGAAGCCGUGAGGAACAAAGAAAGUCAAGUCGGCAUCGAUUCGACAUAAUUUCGAUUGUUUCGAAAUCGAUUUCACGUCAAUCGAACGUCGAUUCGACAUAUAUUUCUCUCUGAGUCAAAAAGUAGUGUCAAAAUUACAUUAUCAUUAAUGAGAUACGAUAUAGUGAAAUGUAUUACAUGAAACAAAAAAAAAUAUGGGAGGAUAUUUGAAUAUUGUGAGAUUUCAGUAGGACAUCGUGAUAUAUUCUACUGGAAUAUUCCGGGCAUUAGAGAACAUUAGGAUAUCUGUGCGAUCGCACUUGGUAAUCUGGGGUAAUUUGGAAUAUCCUUAGGAUAAAGUGGGUCAUAUACAAUGAAUCGACCUAUUCGUGCAUCAUGACUGCUGUUUUGAAUCAUCCUUGUCGAUUCGCCUAAUAAUACUCAGCAGUCGUGCAGAUGCCGAUUCAUUGCGCGUUAUCGCAAAGUUCCAUUGUCACUAGGUCUAAAUAAAAUGUCUAGGUAAAUGCUAAGGCUAUUAUGGCGCUUAGUAUACUAACUGAA